AUGAAAAAAAUUUUGAAAUUUAAAAAAAAUGGAGAUAUAAAAAAUCAAUUAAAUGAAAAAAAAAUAGACAAAAAAUCAUUUAAAAAAAAGAAAAACAGAGAUUUAAAGAAAAAAAAAGAAUAUAAAAUAAAUGUUUUAAAGUUUAAUAAUGAAAAAAAUAAAAAGAAUUGUUUUGAAGAAAAUGUAAAAAAUAAAAAAGAAUUAAAUAACAAAAAGGAGAAAAUAAUAAAUGUGAAGGAUGAGAAUAAAUUAUGUACAAAUGUAAAAUUUGAGCAAAAUCAAAAAUUAAAUAAAGAAAAAAAAAUAUUUAAAAAAGAACCAAGUUAUGAAGAAGAUGAAAGAUUUCAAUUCAAUGAUAAAUUGUGGUUAGAAGUAAAGAAGGAAGAAUCAAAAAGAGGAAUAAUAUAUUUGUCCCAUAUACCAAUUGGCUUAACUCCAUCAAAAAUUAAAGAAAUUUUUAGUAAAUAUGGUUCUAUUGAUAAAAUAUAUUUGAAUAAAAUAAAAGAUGAAAAAAUUAAUAUUGUAUCCAAAGAAAAAAAUAGUAAAAGAAUAAAAUAUUCUGAUGGAUACAUAGAAUUUUACGAUAAGAAAGAUGCUAUAAAAGUAGAAAAAUUACUAAACAAUCAAAUGAUAGGAGGAAAGAAAAGAAAAAAUAUACUUAGAGAAAAUUUUUGGCAUAUUAAGUACUUAAAAAAUUUUACAUGGAACGAUUUAGUGUCAUCUGUGUUGUAUAGAAAUAUUUCAAGGAAGGAUAGAUUUAAUUUUGCUUUAAAAAAUAUGUAUAAAAAUUAUGAAAAAUAUUUAGAAAAAAAUAUAGAUAAAGAAGGUUAUAAUAAGAAAACAGUUAGUAGCAAAUUUAUUUCAAAAAAAAAUAAAAAAGAAAAAAAAAAAUCGCCAAGUAAAAAUUCUAAUAAAUUAAAAUUUGUAACUUUAAAGGAAGAAGAUAAAAAAACUGAUAAGAGCAAUACAGUUUCUUCAGACUUUUUAAAAUUACUAAUACAAUAA